AUGACUGUGGCUACAUUAGGUUACACGAUGGUCAUUUGUGGCAAUAGUGAUGAUCCACAACAUAGGUAUCGAGGACGGAUCGAAAAGGUCAAAUUUGGAGUCCCAAUUGAGGAAGCCUUUGCUCAUGAUAUACCCGCUACUUUAUUAGUAUUGCUAUUAAAAGUACAUAAAGAUGGUCCUGCUAAAAAGGAUAUCUGGCGUGCACCGGGUAAUCAAGCUCAAGUACGAAAGCUUUCACAUAUCAUGCAACACGGAAGACUUGUAAAUAUUGCGAAUUUCAGUGUUUAUACUGCCGCAUCUGUUAUCAAGAAGUUUUUAUCGAAAUUACCUGGUGGCAUAUUUGGUGUCGGAAAUGAACAGAAACUUUUUGAUUUGUAUAAUAUAUCAUCAGAUCUUGAACUGCAGCGACAGUCAUUUUGUCGAGUAUUAAGCAGUUUACCGAUUCCAUCACAACACUUACUUGUACUACUUUUUGGCACUUUUUAUAUGAUCUCAGAGUCAGCCGAUUCAUUUGGCUCAAGAAUGACAACGGAAGCUCUUGGAAUUUCCGUAGCGCCUUCACUUUUCCAUUCAUGCAUUCAUGACGGGCAGCGGGCAAAGAUAGAAGAUGUGAUACGAUUCAAAAUUGCUUCCGAGAUUAUCUCAAGAAUUAUUGAAAAUUUUGGUUAUACAAAUCUUUUUCCACAAGAAAGUUACGAAUUUUAUGCUCGUAUAACUGGACGAACAUUACGAUUUGAUGAAAAUGAUUCACGACUACGGUUCGUUACACCAGCUAAUGUACACGAUUGGCCAGUACCAUCGCCCAGUACUUACUCGAUUAUGGCUGCCCAAUGUGCUGGAAGAUACUCGAUGAGUACCGUUGCAGCGAUCGACCACAUUAGCUCUAACUGUGGUAGGCACUCCGAUCAUCAUCAACAAAAAUUUCUUCAAAAUGUUGAAAAUAUUUCAGUUUGGGCAGCUAAUAGAACUGAAUGCUUAGGAGAUAAGGGAGAAACAGGGAAAGUUAAUGGAAAUAAUAAUGUGAGAACAAUACAUCAUCCCAUUAGAAAGCAUUGUAUUUCUGUUGAUACUGCUGUGGAUGAUAAUGAACUUGAACCCACUCUGUUAACAUCCGUUACAAAUCUACAAUCUCGACCACAAACUAGAGGUUAUCCGCUUAUGGCGGCACCCGAUUGUAAACGAACAUUUUUCGGAAUUGGACCUCAGCAUAUCACAGUUGCGACGAUCGCUGACGAUGAACUGAUAAGCAAAAACGAGAAACCAGUCCUGAGAACAUCAAAUAGUGAAAUUACCACUGCAUUUGGAAAUGAACAUCAAACGCUACCGACUUGUCUGAGGAAUACAGAAGUUUCGACAAUUUUGGGUGUAUAA